AUGAAUCCGGAAUCGAAUCUCUCCAUACCGACUUCUGAAAUCGAUGAUGGUAGUCCCACGAAUGCAAAUCCGAAAUCUGCUGCUGUAAUGGUCGACUCCUACGUGAAUCGAGACCAUGUCGAUAACUCUGAAUUGUUGGCUAGUACCGAACAAAACCAAGAAGAUGCUGGGUUUAUUUCCGAAAAGUUGUCCCUUGAGAUUUCCAAGGCCCAGGAAUCUCUUUCAUUCAUGACUUCCUAUCACUCAACCUCAGAAGACGAACAUGAAUGUGAAGACAGACCCUCGUCCUUGAAACAGACAGCCACGAAAACUAAUGCAGAUUUGGACAAAAUCAAUAUGACACAAAUCGAUGUGGAUGCAGCCAACAAGAUCAACGCCAACAAAUUAGAGAUUUCCUCAACCGGAUCCUUUGAACAAUCAUUUCCAGCUUCAAUCAAUCAAUCCACUGGCUCGACUACUUCUGCUACAACAGAUGUUUCAAAUCCAAUAGACCUGACUCCUAUAUCCAAAGCCUGCGAGUUCCACGAAUGCAACAUGGCUUCAGCUCCAAUCGAAUCCCCUGUAUCUCUUCUUCCUUCCAAGCGAUCGCUUUCUCCUACGAUAUCCAAAGAAUCAAGAAAUUUGCGAUCAAAACUAGAAACUAGUAGAACACCCUUAGAUACGAAUCAGGAAACUGGAGCCUCAUCAAACAAGGCAGAAUCGAUGAAUUCUGCAAGUUCAAUGGACCAUCUAUCAAAUUUACGGCCCGAAAGAUCUCAAGAUACUAUCCUUGAUGACUCAAAUCUCCCUAAUAUACCUACCUCAGAUAUCAACCUCUCGUUUGAUUGGAAUAAUGCUCAAGGAUUAGAUGUUGCGCCUAAGUCUCAGUCAAAUCACAAGCAACACCUCUCUCCUGCAAACAGUAACCAAACGAGUCAUCCAGAAAUGUGCAAUGAAGAACUGGAUACUUUGAUUCAAAUGUACGACUUGGAGCCAGAAAACAAGCCCCUGUUCGCCUCCAGCGCACUUCCUGUGUACUCAAAGCUCAUCGCCGCCUUAGAAGAGGCAAGACUCUCCGAUUGUUUGACCGACCCCAUGGCUAAAGAGUUACUUAACCUAACUUUGAGAUGUAAGAGGACCGGGAAUGCAAUCAUACAAAGGAAACCGUUGCCGCCAGAAGACAAAGUCAUUGUUUUACUUGACGAUGAAACCGAGGACCUUGCCACGAAAUACGGAUUUCCAAGCGAAAUCUUCAAUUAUCAGGAUCCCGAUCAAGAAGAACCCCUCAAAUUAGCAGUGACCGCAGGCGACAUUCCCCCUCCCGAUCAGACUGUUUCGCCUGGACUUACGAAUAGUGUUGAUGGUGUCAAAUCAGCUACCAAUCCUCCAUCUCAAUUACCCAAUCUUGGAGAUAAAGGAGAUGGAACCGAAUCAAUCAGUAUUGCUACACAAUUUCAAACCAAGGACUUAACCGCUACUGCCCCCAUUUCCACCAAGUCUCAACCAGCAAUGGACACAAACCUCCUUUCUGGUCAAUCCGAUCGAGCUCAGGAAUCCAACAAAAAUUCAACUGAACCUCUUCAGCUUGAAGUAGAUUCACAUCAAACUCAAUCAACUAAUUUAGAGCAACAGGUUGAGAGUUUGACUGCUAUUCCACUUUUGUCCAUCGAGUCUCGGCCAUCUACAGAAGAAUCAAAAUCCCCUCCUCAAUCUGGUCAAACUCAGCAAUCAAACAAUAACUCGAAUGCUAUUCAUAGUCAACCUUCGGAGGCUCAGGAACCAAUGGAUAAGCCUACUACCAUUCAUUCUCGAUCUUCUUCGUCUGAGACUCAGCUUGAGUUAACUUCAAUUCUCAGUUCUCCUGCUCCAUCUCCUCAGCGAUCGAUCGUGCCAUCUGAGACUGGGAACCCAACCAAGACAUCGCAGGAACCUGUCAAUCCUGUUGAGUCUGAAGGUAAAGGAAAGAGCUCAAGGGACUUGAGGCCCAGAAGAAAGACCUUCCAAGCUGUUGUGAUCCCAAGAUGCCAGGAAACUACUAAGCGACGUACCCCUCCACCAAUUACUUAUCAGCGAAACGAAAAAAAGACUAAAGGAAAGGAUGUAGAACCCACAUCGAAUCACAAUAUAGCCACCAAGGGACGAAACGAGGCAACGGACGAUGGACUCCUGGGUCAUGUCAAGUUUUUUCUAGGACCAUCCUUGAUGGAGAAAGAGCUGACAAAACUGCUUGCCCCCUAUAAUGGAAAUCAAACUAGCAAGGCGGCAAAGCUGGCCGCUUGGAAUGCGUUGACAAAUUUAUUAAAGCUACGACGGGAGGGGGAACCCUUAAACCAGGUCUUUUUGGAUUCUAUUGAAGGAGGUAUCAAUAACGUGAUGGUAAAGACAAAGUACAAUGGACAAACUUGGUACAAUGCGAUUGAGGAGACAAUGCCUGACCUAUUCAACUGUCACAAGGGGGAGCCUGCUUAUGCAGCCGACUUGUUCAAUACUUUGGCUUUGAAAAAUCAAAAUGUAUCAGAUAAAAUUCCUCCAGGCGUACCAGCGGUUUGGAAUCAUACAUGGAGGACAAUGCGCAUGUGUAUCCGUCCCUCUCCGAGUCGAGUUUCUUCAUUCCUCAAGGUUUUACUUGACUCGGUCUUACUAACAGGAAAGACUUUUCUCAAAGAGCCUCCAGUAUCAGAAAGCGAAAAAGCGAAGACUGGCAUCGAAGCCGUUUGUCAAGCAAUCAAAUGGUUAAAUUCACAACGAAAUUCAAAGCCAGAGAAUUCUAGAACAAUUCGUCUUCUUGACUCAACCAAGCUCAACUCUGUAAUCGAUAUCGGCCUGAUACAACAAUGGGAGGACAUUUUCAUCAAAGUUCUUGAUUCAUACGUGGUUCAAUAUUUUGAAGCGAAAUAUAUUUUAAAUGAAGAAGCAAGUGCCGAGGAUAAAGCCCUUGCAAUCAGGUUUAAAAAAGAAUGGAAGGGAGAGUCCAUUAAAUCUCCAACUCUGAAUCACCUUACAAUGUUCGCAUGUUGUGGAAUCCGGGGCUUGAUAUGCUGCUCGAAUGAUGUCAAUUCCAACCCUGCUGCGCAAAUGCUUGGCUUUACAAUCCUUUCAGACUGGCUUGUAAAACAAAGACCGGAUUUCCAAGUCAAAGAACCAAUCUUCAAACGUAGUAAUCAAAUGUUGAUGAAGUUAAUUGAUGGCCUUUUUGAUCAGCAGGGUCGUUUUGUGAAACCUGAAAUCACGUGGUACGAUGUAGCAAAAAAUUUAUGUUUCGAUUAUCUCUCUCAUUGGUUUACAGAGGCUGGGGAACUUGCGGAAGGGGGGAGUUUAGUUUUUCCUAAGUCCAGUGCCUUUGUAGGAAAGGAUCAAGUUGUUAGAUUCUCAGAAUCAUUUUAA